AGGUCUAUGGUUAUUGUACUUUGUUAUUUGUGUAUGUUACCUGUCAAAUAAUUAUCUGAUAAUUUGCAAAAAAAUUGGUUUUGUUGAAUAUUAAGAUGAGCUAUGAUAAAAAUUCCAUUAAAAGAUACCGACACGAUGAAUCCAAUGAUUCGGAAAGUGAUGACAAUUACGUACCUUACGUACCGGUGAAAGAAAGAAAAAAGCAAAAAUUAUUGAAACUAGGCCGUUUAAAAGAAACAGAAUCUCAAAAGUCCCAGUCCAGCGAAAACGAAGAAGAUGAUGAUGAAUUGUGGAGCAGGAAGAAUAAAGUGUCCCUACUUGAUCAACACACCGAGUUGAAGAAAAUUGCAGAAGCUAAGAAAGUUAGUGCAGUGGAGAGGCAAUUGAAAAAGGAAGAGGAGAUAUUAGAAAUAGUAGCAGAAAAGAAAGCUCUCAUGGGUGUCUCAGAAUUAGCGAAAGGCAUACAAUAUAAUGAUCCUAUAAAAACAAGUUGGAGACCUCCCCGCUAUAUUUUGGAGAGUUCACAUAGUAGACAUGAUAAAUUAAGACAAAAAAUGAGGAUACUUGCUGAAGGUGAAGACAUUCCUCCUCCCUUAAAAACGUUCAAAGAUAUGAAAUUGCCAAAAAGUAUAAUAAUGGGAUUGAAAGAAAAGCACAUUAAAAAACCGACCCCAAUUCAAGCUCAAGGCAUACCAACUGUGUUAUCUGGUAGAGACAUGAUUGGCAUUGCUUACACUGGUUCCGGUAAAACUCUUGUUUUUGUCCUUCCUCUGAUAAUGUUCUGCUUAGAGCAAGAAUACAAGUCUCCGUUUGGAAAAAAUGAGGGACCUUACGGAUUGAUAAUAUGUCCUUCUCGUGAAUUAGCCAAGCAAACUUUUGAUAUUAUCCAGUAUUUCUGUUCUUUUACUUUGAAGCACAAUUUGCCAGAAAUAAGAUGUUGCUUGGCAAUUGGAGGUGUACCAAUUCAGGAAGCUCUAGAUACAAUUCAAAAAGGCGUACAUAUCAUGGUCGCUACUCCAGGUCGUUUGAUGGACAUGCUGGAGAAAAAGACAGUCCGUCUUUCUGUCUGCAGAUAUCUAUGUAUGGAUGAAGCGGAUCGUAUGAUUGACAUGGGUUUUGAAGAGGAUGUAAGAACGAUAUUUUCUUAUUUCCGAGGACAGAGACAGACACUACUCUUUUCCGCUACUAUGCCGAAAAAGAUACAAAACUUUGCAAGAUCGGCUCUGGUGAAACCUGUUACGAUCAAUGUUGGUAGGGCAGGAGCAGCUUCUAUCAAUGUUAUCCAAGAAGUUGAAUAUGUUAAACAAGAAGCGAAAAUUGUUUAUUUGUUGAACUGUCUUCAGAAGACAGCCCCUCCUGUGUUGAUCUUUGCUGAGAAAAAGCAAGAUGUCGAUGCCAUUCAUGAGUAUUUGUUAUUGAAGGGGGUUGAAGCUGUUGCUAUACAUGGAGGAAAGGAUCAAGAGGAACGGUCCAGAUCAGUGGAAGCUUUCAGGAAAGGCAAGAAGGAUGUCCUUGUAGCAACAGAUGUCGCUUCUAAAGGAUUGGAUUUUGCCGACAUUCAACAUGUUAUUAAUUAUGAUAUGCCCGAUGACGUGGAAAACUAUGUGCAUCGUAUAGGAAGAACUGGGAGGUCUGGGAACAAAGGUCUAGCUACAACAUUCGUUAAUAAGUCCAACGAAGAAUCCGUACUUUUGGACUUGAAGCAUCUAUUGAUAGAAUCGAAGCAGAAAGUUCCAGCCUUUCUGUUCGAGAUUUGUUCGGAGAAUGAGAUAUAUCUCAACAUGGGAGAGAAAGGGUGUACAUAUUGUGGAGGUCUGGGUCAUCGUAUUACAAAUUGUCCCAAAUUGGAGGCUGCUCAGAACAAACAGGCUUCUAAUAUUGGAAAGAGGGACUAUUUGUCCAACACAGCGGCAGAUUACUAAUAUUAUAUGAUUUUUUCUUGUACAUAUUGUAUAUAUAAAUUGUAAAUAUUUUGAAAUAAAAUAAUAAAUAAAAAUAAA